UGGCGUCAGGUGUGGGGCAUCGUUCUCCUCGUAGUGUUCUCUCGAAGACCCGACCUCCCAGGAACGGCAGCCACGUUCGAUCCCGGAGGUGGGGCGCAGAGGGCGCGCGCGAGUCCUGGGUGGUCUGCGGCCCCCAGGGGACGGCAGAGACAGCAGGGACGGCGGCUGGGGCGGAGGCCAGGACCCAACAGCACCUCUGGGUCCUGGGCUUGGGCACUGUCGCUAGGUGUAAAAUGUGCCGGCGAAGGUGGAGAACGGCCAGGGCACCUUGAGCACUGGGCGCCGCUCCAGCCCCGGACCGCGCAGGGCUGUCUGACCUUGGAACCUGCCAGGCCCAGACGGAGCCAGAGCACCUCACGGCGGGCUCACGGCGGGCUUGCGGCGGCGGGAGAACGUUUAAUGCCGCAGAGCGCUAAGCGGCCAGGUGGGAGGAAUUCUUCAAAUUCUCCUCCCAGGGACUUUGGGAGACAAGGUUUUCAAAGACAGCUGGGAGGGCAGAGCCCUCAGUCCCGUGCUCUAGACCUCAGGGGCUUGGGUUUGGAUAGUUACGAAAUGCUGCACAAGACAUUUUUGAACGUGUCUCCUGAGCUCGCGCACGGAAGUUUCCCUUCACUGAUACAUAGGAGCAGAGCCUUGUGUACAUGUUUUACACCUGCCAAAUUGAUCUCUAAAAAGCCUCAUCACUGUCUCGCCCAUUUCGCCUCAGCCACAACAAAUUAUAGUCGACCUUUCCAUCUUUUCCAGUAUGGCGGCAAAAAGGGGUGUUUCAGGCUACAUCUUAGCUCCACCAUGAGUCUCGAUAUCCAGUGUGAACAGCUGAGUGACACCAGGUGGACAGAACUCCUCCCGCUGAUCCAGCAGUGCCAAGUGGUCAGACUGGAUGACUGUGGCCUCACGGAGGUGCGCUGUCAAGACAUGAGCUCUGCACUACGGGCCAAUCCUGCCCUGACGGAGCUCGACCUGCGCACGAACGAGCUGGGUGAUGCCGGUGUGCGGCUGGUGCUUCAGGCGCUGCAGGGCCCCACCUGCACAAUCCAGAAACUGAGCCUGCAGAACUGCUGCCUAACAGAGGCAGGCUGUGGGGUCCUGCCCAGCAUGCUGCGCUCGGUGCCGAGCCUGCGAGAGCUGCACCUCAGUGACAACCCCUUGGGAGAUGCCGGCCUGAAGCUGCUCUGUGAGGGACUGCUGAACCCCCAGUGCCACCUUGAAAAGCUGCAGUUGGAGUACUGUAACCUCACGGCUGCCAGCUGCGAGUUCCUGGCCUCCGUGCUCAGGGCCAAGCCGGACUUCAAGGAGCUCAUAGUGAGCAACAACGACCUCAGCGAAGCAGGUGUCCGUACGCUGUGUCAAGGCCUCAAAGACUCUGCUUGCCCUCUGGAGGCGCUCAAGCUGGAGAACUGCGGAGUCACAGCCGCUAACUGUAGAGACUUGUGCAGCGCUGUAGCCUCCAAGACCUCGCUGCAGGCACUAGAUCUGGGCAGCAACAGGUUGGGCGAUGCGGGGCUCACAGAGCUGUGCCAGGGUCUGCUGCGCCCCAGCUUCAGGCUCCGGACUCUGUGGCUGUGGGAGUGCGGCAUCACCGCCGAGGGCUGCCACGAGUUGUGCCGCAUGUUGUGUUCCCUGGAGAGCUUGCGGGAGCUCAGCCUGGCGGGGAACGAGCUGGGGGACGCCGGCGCACAGCUGCUGUGCGAGAGCUUGUUGGCUCCAGGCUGCCGGCUGGAGUCACUGUGGGUGAAGACCUGCAGCCUCACCGCCGCAUGCUGCCCCCUCUUCAGCUCGGUGCUGGCCCAGAACAAGUGUCUCCUGGAGCUGCAGAUGAGCAGCAACCCACUGGGUGACGUGGGCGUGCAGACGCUGUGCCAGGGCUUGGGCCAGCCUGGCACUGUCUUGCGGGUUCUCUGGCUGGGGGACUGUGAUGUGAGUGACGUUGGCUGUAGCAGCCUUGCCUCAACACUGCUGGCCAACCACAGCCUGCGAGAGCUGGACCUCAGCAACAACCGCAUGGGAGAUGAGGGUGUCCGGCAGCUGAUGGGGAGCCUCCGGCAGCCGGGAUGUGCCCUGGAGCAGCUGGUGCUGUAUGACAUCUACUGGUCUGAGGAGAUGGACAACCAGCUGCGAGCCUUGGAGGAGGACAAGCCGUCCCUGAGGAUCAUCUCCUAAGGUGCUUUUUGGCCACCAGGCUCCUGAAACUUGGUCUCCCUGGACAAUGCCUCAGUCCACGCCUCUGGAGCUGACCAGCUCUCCCGGGGCUCACUCCCUGAGUCCUAGCUUUGACUAAUGAGAAACGCUCAAAACAGCUUAUUUUACAAGAAAAUUUUAGAUACUUUAUAAUCAUUAAAGCACUUGGUAGCUGGA